CUAAGAAAGAGAAAUUUUAAAUUUAAAGUAAGGAUUAGAAAAAGAAAAAAUUCGUUAAAAAGUAAAAAGAUAAAUUAAUGAUUUUUCUGGACGUGUAAUAAAUUUUACACUAUCAGAAGUACAUUUGAAUGAUAUACAUGAUUUAUCACUUAAAAGUUAAGCAAAUCUAUCUGAAUAAUGCAUAUAAGAUUUUAGAGAUGAAGAGUUUAAUUCAUCUUUAAAGGAAGAUGUAGAAGAUCAUCCUUAUAUAAGUUAAAUCCUAUAAUUACCAAAUCAAUAAUUAAAAUUCAAAUUUAAGAAAGCAGAUGAAUAAAAAUAUUUAGCUUAGAAUUUGA